AUGUUGUCUUUAAUUACUAAUUAUUUCGGAUUUCUUUGCUUGUUGAUUGUUGUCAACGCAAAUGAAAAGAAAUAUGCUGACAAAGAUAAUGUGAUAGUUUAUGUUAAUAAAGUUGGUCCUUAUUCUAAUCCUCAAGAAACUUAUCAUUAUUAUUCACUUCCUGUGUGUCGUCCAUCGAAAAUUGUAUCAAAAGAUUUAACACUUGGUGAAGUUCUUUCGGGUGAUCGAAUGGCUCAAUCUCUAUAUGAAAUAAAAUUUAAUGAGGAAAUAAGUAAUAAACAAUUAUGCUCAUUAACAUUAAGUUAUGAGGAAAUAAAUGCAUUACGAUUAUCAAUUGAAGAAUUUUAUUAUUUUGAAUUUGUUGUUGAUGAUAUUCCACUUCGAGGUUUUGUUGGACAAAUAGAAGAAACAAAUUUAUUUCCACAUAAACAUCAUAUUUAUGUUUAUACUCAUCAUCAUUUUGAUUUUCAUAUUAAUAAUAAUCAAAUAAUAUAUGUUAAUAUAAGUACAAAAGAUCAUGCACCAACAUCAUUAGAUGAUGAUUCAGUAAGAUCUCUUACACUUGAAUUUACCUAUUCAGCUAAAUGGCAUCGUACAGAAACAAGCUAUAAAGAUCGUGCAAAAUAUAUAGCUAAUACAGGAUUUUUUCCUGAAACACUUGAAAUUCAUUGGUUAUCUGUUAUUAAUUCCAUGGUACUUGUCUUUCUUUUAAUGGGUUUUGUCGUUAUUAUUCUUUCUCGUAUAUUAAAACAUGAUUUAAAUCGAAUGUCUGAUGAUGAUGAUGAUGGUUCACCUGAAGAAGAAAAUGGAUGGAAAAUCAUUCAUACAGAUGUAUUUCGUUUUCCAAAUAAUCGUGAAUUAUUUAGUUCAAUUAUUGGUGUUGGUUGUCAAUUUCUAUCAAUAUUUACUGGUAUACUUUUAUUUGCUGUUUGUGGAAUGUUUACUGUACAUCGUCAUGGUUCAUUAAUGGCAUCAGCUGUUAUUUUAUAUGCAUUUACAUCAUGUAUUGCUGGUUAUAUGAGUGGAAGAAUGUAUAGACAAUUACAAGGUGAACAUUGGACAUGGAAUAUAAUAUUAACAGCGAAUUUAUUUACAAUUCCUUUUUUUAUAAUAUGGUCAAUUAUAAAUACAUUUGCAUGGGCACAUGGAACAACACAAGCAUUACCAUAUACAACUGUACUUAUUCUUGCUUUUAUGUGGCUUUUUGUUGGAUUUCCUUUAACAGUUUUAGGUGGAAUAUUUGGUAAAAAUUGGACAAGUAAUUUUGAUGCUCCAUGUCGAACAAAAAAUAUAUCACGUGAAAUUCCUCAAGUAGCAUGGUAUCGUACAAGUUUUGUUCGAAUGUUGGUCGGAGGAUUUUUACCAUUUUCAGCAAUAAGUGUUGAAUUAUAUUAUAUUUUUUCAACAUUUUGGGGACGUGAACAAUAUAUGUUAUAUGGAAUUUUAACUAUUGUUUUUAUAAUACUUCUUAGUGUAACAGCAUGUAUAUCAAUAGCAUUAACUUAUUUUCAAUUAGCUGCUGAAGAUUAUCGAUGGUGGUGGCAAUCAAUAAUAACAUCAGGAUCAACUGGUUUAUUUGUCUUUUUCUAUGCUGUUUUCUUUUAUUUUAAUCGUUCAAAAAUGCGUGGUACAUUACAAACAUUACAAUUUUUUGGUUAUACAUCAAUAGCUUGUUAUGUUUUCUUUUUAAUGCUUGGUACUGUUGGCUUUUUCUCUUCACUUCGUUUUAUUCGUUAUAUUUAUGUUAAUAUUAAAAUGGAUUAA